UAGCGGCAUAUACGGUAUAUCCUUGGGAAAUCUUUCGCAUAUGUCUCCUUUUCUUUUCUAACUUUGACGUGAGACAGGAACUAUUAACUACUCCUUUGAAAAAAAUGAAGACACUCCCUCAGAAACGCGUUUAUCCAAAGUUGCCCGUGUGGAUUGUGGAGGACCAUCAUGAUGUUGUGCAACACAUAUAUCGUGCCAUUGGUUCUAAACAUAUUCCAAUGAAGGAUAUUAAGAUGAUCCAUUUGGACUCCCACCCUGACCUCCUUAUCCCUGUCAAUAUGCCUGCUGAUACUGUGUAUGAUAAAGAGACUCUGCUCAGCGAGCUGAGUAUUGAGAAUUGGAUUAUGCCAAUGGUGUAUGCUGGACACAUAUCCCACAUUGCCUGGGUACAUCCGUACUGGGCUCAGCAGAUCAAAGAAGGGGAGCACACUAUGUGCGUGGGGAGAGAUUCAUCCACCACCACCAUCAGGGUCACAAGCACAGAUGAUUACUUUUUGAGUGAUGCCCUUUAUGUUCCACUUGAUCAACUGGAAAACCCUAAAGAAUUACAUUUAAGUGUCAUUAGAGUGGAUCCAGUCCACAAUUCUCAGAAAAGGGAUUGUGAAAAUGGACAAAGCAGUGCUAAAAUACCCAAAGAUGCUCCUGGAAGAACUGUAGAUCAAAAAGGUGUUGAACAGUCAAAAUUGGACAUGCCCUGCACUUCCUCUUCACAACCACGUGAUAGCAGCACUGCAACAGAAAAAAGCAGUGGCACAGUCAUGAAAGCAGAUGAGGGGUCAAUAAGCUAUAUUACAAACAAGCUUUUAUCGGUUAUAGAGCACACUGACCCUUUCAUACUUGACAUUGACCUGGAUUUUUUCUCCUGUACGAAUCCUUUCAAGGAGUUGUAUACUCAGGAAGAGUAUGCUCUCCUGCAAGAGUUAUAUUGCUUUAGCAGGCCAAAGCAGGGUCCAGAUGAGGAGGAGCUCUCAGAUUGCGUAGUGAGGCGCACCCACCAGCUUGAAGAUCUGGAGGCUGCAUUUGCUGACCUGGUAGAGGAUGACAGCCAGGAAACUAUAGAUCGUUUAGCAGCGCACCCCGGAAUGAAAUCUCUUGCCAGACUUGUACACAGCAUAAAGAAUCGAACUGAAUCACCAGACUAUGAAAUGGUGCAUCAGGCAGGCUUAACCUGUGAUUACUCUGAGCUUCCUCACCACAUCAGCACUGAGGAGGAGAUCCAGCAAAUGAUAACUGCUGUGCAGCUCUUCCUGGAAGCCCUGCCCAAACCCACCAUAGUCACUAUAUCCAGGUCCAGUUUGGAUGAGUAUUGCCCAGGUGAACAAGUGGACUCCAUUCAGAACAGUGUGCUGAAUAUUUUAGAGUGCCUCUUCGGCUCCUUGGAUGUUCACAGAGAGUAUGAAUCAAUACCAGCAGAGAGCACAUCUCAGACCACAUGAGGAGAUGGGAUAAAAUUCAGCAGAAGCUGUGACAUGUUCUUUGCCAACAGCUGCUUUCAGACUGUUGAUGUUUUGAGGCUUUUAAAGCAGGGCUGAGAUGUGCCGUGUGCUCUUGGUAAUUGUCUGCAUUAAGAGUGUGUGUAACAAUGAGCUUUCUAUGUAUAGAUGUGCAAAAGAAGGUGAGUGAGUUUCAGGCUGGGAUGUGGGUUUUUAAUUUAAAGCAUUAGUUCACUCAGAAAUAAAAAUUCUGUUGUCCUUUGCCCACCUUCUUUUUUCGAAAACCUGCAUGACUUUAAUUCAUGGAACAAAAAUGUAGACAUUUAUAGAAGAACAACCAAGCUGCUUUUUUCCAUACAAUGAAAGUGAAUAGUGAUGUCAACUGUAGAGCAAGAUUUUCAGUGAAUAAUGGCUUUUUUUUUUGUGCUGUUGUGUUCUUUUUUGUGCUUGACAGCCCCUGGUCACCAUCCACAGUUAUUGUAUGGAAGUGAGAUGCUUUAAUAUUCUGCUAAUCUAUUUUUAUGUUCCACAAAAGAAAGUCAUACAGGUUUGGAACAGCAUAAGGGUGUGUAAAUUAUGACAGAAGUUUCAUUUUGGGCGAUCUAUUCCUUUAAGCUUGUUUUCUGUUAUUUGUUAAGUGCAUUCAUUCAAGACAUCAGAUCCUAUCACUGAAGGAGUAAGCAUAGAAUUAAACAUGGGGUUGUUCUUGUAUAUAUUUUCUCAGUAAAAACCUGAGACCUUCAUAUGAAUUCAGCCAUUCAUACCUUGUGUUUUCAUACUUCAAUUUGAUGGUUUUAUGUAUGAGUUUAGAAUUGGAGGGACAUUGUUUCUAAGAGAGCACAUUUCUCCCCCUCCUGUGUGGCCCUCUUCAGCCUAGACUGUCUUUGUCUGAAGCAGUUACCAAUUCAUCUGAGCUUUGUACUUGCCACUGCUCUUCUUAUCGCUCCACACCCGCAGACUUCUAGACUACCCUAAAUAUGCCUGACCUGACUUUAAAUUUCCCAGGAUGAUGAACAAUUCUUGUAAGGCUUAUUGUGUCUGUCUUUGUUCUGUAACUCUCAGUAGGAAUUUAUACUGUGGAAUUUGUUUUGUUUUCCCUCUGGUACUGAUAUCUCUAUUUAUGGUGUUUCAUUGUUGCGAUUUGUGAUUUAUCACUCAAAUACAUUUCUUACACUUACACAGGAAGAAGUGCAGGAUAGCAGCUUGACAAUGUAUUCAGGCGAAGAAUGUGGUGUUACAUAAACUCAUAGUCAAUAGUUCUACAAAGUUAUAAAGAAUUCAAAUGAUUACAUCACACCAGCACUAUGGAUACCAAGGAUGUAAGAGGAGAUGCUGGUUCUAGGCACUACUACUGGUCACUUAAACAGCACCGGCUGAACAGUUGCCUAACUAAUCAGUAGCGACAGUGGCUCUAAAAAAGUAAUAGGAGGGCUGCUGGUCUAAAUCCUGUUUAAAAGAGAUAUUUGCACUGCCAUGCUGCCCUUGAGAUGACAGCACCCCUAACACUGCCCUACCUUUUACUAUGUUUUCAAAACACCCUCUUCAAUAAUGGCUAAAAUGAAAUCUUUGUCAUGCAUUGGCCCAUUUGGAUUUGUGUAUAAUGUGUUCCUAAUAAAUAAUUUUUAAUGCAUACCUGAAAAAGGAUCAUGCAAAGC